AUGGCCAGACGGCAGGUAGAUCAGAACCCAGCAUUUCUCUCCCUAUUCUCAGCAUACACCGGUGGGCCAAACAGUCUCGGAUACAAGUACAGGACCGCCAUCACAGAGACCCAGGCAUCCAACCCAAUGAUAGUUUGCACCGCCACAUACAUUGCAAUCUAUCCAGGGAACGGACAAGAACCCAGCAUGCUGCCCUUCAGAGUGCUAACCAAAGGAUUCAUCGAACUGACCGCCAUAUCCCACAUCGGACCGGCCAUCGCCACGCUGGCCCAGAUGAAGGCCCACAACAAAGACUGGAAGACGCAUGCCCAGGAGCUUUUGGAUGCCACGCGCGCGGUCAAGGGCGCGAAUUCCGAGAGCUUCUGGAAAGAUUUCGUCGCAGGCGAAGCCUUCGUCGGCCGUGAAGCGAGCAUAGCUGCCAUGACCAACUACGCGUGCGACAUGACGAUCCAUUUCCUGGAAACCGUCCUCGCCGAUCCUGACAAAUUGACGGCUCGUUUCGUGCAAGACACGUUCCUGGAAACGCCCCUCCCGGGAUGGAACGGUACGAUAUCGUACAACAAGAUCAUGAUCGCGACUUUCUUCCUGAACGGGCUCGACUCGGCGUACCGAAUGCAAAAUUGGUUCAAACAGUUCAAUAUCGAUUGGAAGAACGCGCAGGUCCUUAUCACAGGUCAAGUAGGCCGGCCGAGCGCCGGAGUGACGUUCAGCACGAACAGCAUCGUGGGCGUCCUCACGCAAUCCUUCCCCGAGUUCCCGCUCGAAAGACUCUACAUCGCGCCGCAUGGACCCGCACCCGAGUUCCAGAACGGAACUGCCGAUUCCCUCCGCCCGUACGAAUCCCAAUUCAGGGAACUAUGGAGCUCCCUGCUGGCGUACGCGGAGCUCGGUGCAGAGAUGUUCGUGGGUUACCCAGCCUUCAAGAUCCAGGAGAACAUUCAUCCAGUCAUCAACUCCAGCACUACAGCUGUGAGCGAGCUGCCGAAGAUCACGGCGCCUGAUGACUGGUUCUCGAUGAUUACGAGGUUGCGAGUUACGCUCGAGGAUGCGCGCCAGACGCUGUCGGCGUGCGUUACAGACUAUGCUGCUCAACAGCUGUACGAGAACGGCUUUGACUUGGCCAAGGUAACUGUCACUGGAUUGGACGGCUAUGACUACGUGUCGGGAAGGGCCAUGACCUAG